AUGUCAAGCACGCCCUUCAACCUCGCCCACCUGCUCAAGUCCGCAAAAUACAGCGAUCUGAAAGUCAUCUGCCAGGAUCAAGAAUUCAACGUCCACCGAGCGAUCGUGUGCGCGCAGUCCCCAGUUUUGGCCGCGGCUUUCGAUGGCGCUUUUCAGGAAGCAGCGACAUGCACUAUUGUCAUUAGAGAGUUUGAGGCGCGGACGGUUAGACAGAUGAUAGCGUUCUUGUAUACAGCGAGUUAUGAAGAGGAUUUGGAAGAGAGAAAAGAGGAACGAGGAUCUGACCUUGAGGAGGGAGAUGUUGAGAUGGAUGGUAAAGACGAUGAAGGACACGCCUCUCUCCCCACACCAACGAAACCAACAACUACCGACCUCCUACUACAUCACAUGCAAGUAAACCGAAUCGCAGACUACUACAACAUCCCCCCCUUACUCGCCCUCGCAAACACCAGAAUCGAAAAAAUCCUCAGAAAAAAAUGGUCCGCCGAUCGAUUCUCAGACGUCGUUAAAGAAGCUUUCACCUCUAACAACGAUAUCGAAUUACAGGAGCUUAUAUCCUCAGCCGUGAAUAAGAAUAUUGAAGAACUGAUCGAGCGCGAGGACUUCACGGCGCCUGAUAUCAUACGUCACUUCUCACUCAGCAUCAUACGAUACAUGAUCGAAGAGCGAAAAUUGGCAAGGGAGUGCCAUAGCGAGGCUCUAAUGCACGCCCGAAGAAGGGCCUCGUGGAUCGCAAAGCUUGGGUUCAUUGAAAAUUGCCAAAAUGACCUUUGUACAGCUGAGUUUAAUGGUCAGAUCAAGUUAUCUUAUGUUGGUGGCGGUGAUCCAGUGUAUCAGCUUCAGUGUAGAGAAUGCGGCAAGCGGCAUUUUCGAUUGGAUGCCAUAUGA